AUGAGAGGUUUAAGUUGUUUGUUGGUGUUUUCUUUGGGAAUUUUCAUCCAAGUCAGUUACUGUCAUAGCAGCGUUACAACAUGCUUGCCUGAGAAAAAUGCUGCACUAUUCAUACUUGGAGAUUCACUAUUUGAUAAUGGAAACAACAACUACAUCAACACCACCAUCUCUUACCAAGCAAAUUAUUAUCCCUAUGGAGAAACUUUCUUUAAAUACCCCUCAGGCAGAUUUUCUGAUGGACGCAUGAUACCAGAUGUCGUUGCUGAACUUGCUAAGUUGCCAAUACUACCACCAUACCUGCAUCCGGGUCGUGUUGAACACGUCUAUGGUGUCAAUUUUGCUUCGGGAGGUGCAGGUGCUCUGCGUGAAACCGCUCAAGGAUUUGUUAUAGACCUCAAAACUCAGGCAAUUUAUUUAAAGGAUUUAAAGAAUGUAUUUAGUCAGAGACUGGGAAAAGCAAUUGCAGAGGAUAUUGUGUCCAAAUCUGUGUACUUGUUUAGCAUUGGAGGCAAUGACUAUGGCUCUCUUCUCAACCCAGACUCAAAUCUUGUGCUUCCUCCUGGUGAUCAUCAAGGGUUUGUAGAUAUUGUGAUUGGAAACCUCACAGAUGUCGUAAGAGAAAUCUAUAAUCUUGGUGGAAGGAAAUUUGGAUUUGCUAAUGUGGGUCCAAUUGGUUGUUUACCUGCUGUGAGGGCUCUGGUGAAAAAUGGAAGCACAUGCUUAGAAGAGUUUUCAGCCAUCGCAAGACUACACAAUGCUGCACUCUCAAAAAGGCUUUAUGAGCUAGAGAAACAGCUCAAGGGAUUCAAAUAUUCUGUCACUGAUUUCUAUGCUAUAUUUUCUGAAAUGCUGAACAAUCCUACAAAAUAUGGUUUCAAAGAUCCGAGUGUGGCAUGUUGUGGAGGUGGACUAUAUAGAGGAGACCAAAGCUGUGGAGGGAACAAAGGGAUCAAAGAAUACGAGUUAUGUGACAAUGUCAAUGAACAUCUGUUCUUCGAUUCUAAUCAUGUCACUGAUAGAGCUAGCCAGUAUUUCGCAGACUUCAUCUGGAAUGGAAAUCACACUGUAACAAGUCCUUACAAUCUAAAACAACUAUUUCAAUUUUGA